UUUUGUCAAUUGGCAUGGUUUUCAGGCAUGGUUGAAAGGAAAUGUACCUAUUCAUAAAAAAUGACUGAAACUGAUGGCUCAACUCAAUUGUUUGGUGGGGUGGCAAAUGUGAGAGCCAAAACCCAGAACAUCCAUGACACUCCACGUUUUUACGAUGGGGAGGAAAAUGGUGUUGAUGAUAGAAUUACAGCUGAUAACAUGGAUGAGGCAAGGCAGCAGAACAUGGCGUAUGAGUACCUGUGCCAUUUAGAAGAAGCUAAAAACUGGAUCGAAGCUUGUAUCGAGGAAGAUUUGGGACCAACAAUGGACAUUGAGGAGGCCCUGCGGAAUGGAGUUAUUCUUGCCAAGUUAGGACAUUAUUUUGCUCCUGAAAUUGUUACUAAGAAAAGGAUUUAUGAUCCUGACUUGGAGCGCUUUAACGUGAGGGGUCUUCAUUUCAAACAUACUGACAAUAUCAACUACUGGAUGAGAGCCAUGGCUAGCAUUGGACUUCCUCAGAUAUUUUUUCCUACCACACCUGAUUUAUAUGACAAGAAAAAUAUGCCAAAGGUCAUCUAUUGUAUUCAUGCCCUUAGUAUCUGGUUGAGUAAACUGGGAAAGGCUCCAAACAUCGAGAAUUUGCUUGGUAUUGCAGAAUUUACGGAAGAGGACAUUACUGAGAUGAGAAGAGCUUUGGAGGACUAUGGUAUAUCUAUUCCUGCAUUUAACAAAAUUGGUGGUAUUUUGGAGAAGGAAAUAGGUGUUGAUGAGGCAGGUAAACAUGCUGCUGUUAUUGUUAUCAACGAAAUUCUCCAAAAGGAAGACCCAGAAGUUACACUCAAGGCACUUAACAACAAGAAAGCUUAUCUCAACUACAUUGAAAUUCCUAACAGUGUAAGGUACCACGAAAUUUUGUUUUUGGCAAAGCUUGAUAAAACUGAGACUGCUCUGGAAGAAGGUAAAACAUCGGAGGAAAGUGACAUUUACGAAUUCUAUCUGACUCAUACUGAAAUCCAGGACAUUAUUGAUGAUAUCAAUGAUAUAGUUCGAAAAGAAAUUGCUGAAAGUAAGUUCAGAGCUGCCAUUGCAGAAAUCAAUAGAUGUGCGAUGGGCGACUGUGCCCAAACAUUACUUGCUGCACUGCAAGUAACUGCUUCUCGAUUAAAGAACGUGAAUGACUUGAACUACGACUUGUAUCUCGAAUUUCUCAAGGCUGCAAAGCUAUCAAAGGAAGGUAAUCUCAACGUUGAUGAAAUUCAAGAAGUUUUAGAGUUGGCCAAUGAAGAAAUGAGAAAAAGAAGAGACCUCGAGGGAGCUCUGAAGGCUUUGCAUGAGAACUUUUUGGCAUCCAACAUCGAUGGAACAUUUGAGGCACUUCACCACGUCGCAUUCAAGCUCCCAACUCUUCACAAGAAUGCUGCCCCAAAAUAUCAGGCUACCUUAUUCUUUGAACUCGCAAAGUUGCAAGACAGAGCCGAGAAAGAAGCUGAAAAGGAAGGUGUAGAACUAGAAGAACCCAUUACUAUUCGAUUGACUCACGCUAACAUACAGGACUGUAUCAAGGCUGUAAACAACCAGCUGAAAGAGGUACGGCGGUUUGCGGAGGCGAUAGCCAAUAUAAACGGGUGUUUGGUUCAAGACGACCCACAGGAGACCCUAGGAGCUCUACAUGUUCAAGCUGCUGGUAUCAAAGAGGUAUUAGAAAGAUGUGCCGAUGACUACCACGUGUGGAUAAAAGAAGGUAUCUCAGUAAAGAAAACAGAGUCUGAGAUUGCAGAGGGCGACAGCUCCUGGAUUGAAAUGCGAAGUCCUGACAAUCAGAUAUUUUUCUACAAUCCCGAGUCCAAAGAGCUUGUCUGGCAAACUGAAUUGAAUUCCGUUAAACCAGAAGGAGCAUCAGAAGUUUCCCACUAUAUGGCGCAGGAUGAGAUUCAAUGGAUCGUGUCACGUGUCACAGCCAAGCGGCUCCGUGACGAGUGGUUCGAUACCAAUGUGGACGCUGUGGUCCGCCUGCAGAGUAUUGCGCGCAUGAGCAUGGCUAGAAAGAGGUUUAAGGCCAGACUGAAGUUUUUACACGAGAACGAGGAGGCUGCUCUGAGAAUUCAGUGUCUAUGGAGGGGAUACCUAAUCAGAAAAGAACUGAAAGCCCGAAGAGACUAUCUGAACGCCAACAUGAGACAUAUUAUCAGAAUACAAGCCUGGGUCAGAGGCUAUCAGAUCAGGAAGAACUACCUUCAGCUCACACAGGACAAGCCUUCAGUUCAGGUGCUGUACAAGUUCCUCUACCUGCUGGACCAGUCCGCAGUAGAUCACGCAGAGGAGGCAGAACUGAGGAAACACAAGGCUUCCAUCGUCAAGGAGAUCAGACACAACCAGCAGCUCGAGAAGGAAAUCAAUGAGAUGGACAUCAAAAUCGGUUUACUAGUGAAGAACAGGCUGACGUUAUCAGAUGUAGUGACAGCCAGUAAGAAACUGAAGAAGGGAGGCGAGGUGGUUCCCAAGAACCGGGGACUCAAGGAGCUGAGUAAGGAGAGCAGAGAGAUGCUGGAGUCGUAUCAACACUUAUUCUAUCUGCUGCAGACAAACCCUAAAUAUCUCGCUAAACUCCUCUUCACAAUGCCGCAGAACAACUGCACCAAGUUUAUGGAGAGCGUGGUAUUGACGAUAUACAACUACGGAACAAACUCGCGGGAGGAGUGCUUACUGUUACGUCUCUUUGAGAACGCCUUAAAAGAGGAGGUUCAGCGAAAAGUUGACAAAGUUCAGGAUAUAAGUACGGGUUCACCAACUGUUAUCAAGAUAGUUGUUGGAUACUACAGAGGAACACAGGGCAACCAGAACUCUCUCAAGUCGCUGCUGGGUCCACUAAUUGAACAAGUAAUGGAGGACAGCGAUCUGAACAUGAACAUCCACCCUCUGGAAGUGUACAAAGCCUGGAUCAGCCGGACCGAGAUGGAAACAGGGGAAGCUUCCAAACUUCCUUACGACGUUACUCCUGAACAGGCACUGAAACAUAAAGAAGUGACGGACGAGAUUGAGAACACCAUCAAGAAACUGGUCACCAUCAUCAAAUCCUUCCAGGAGAAGAUAAUCGGAACAGUCGACCAGAUGCCGUACGGAAUUCGGUACAUGGCUAUGUGCCUUCGGAAAAAUCUCAAAGAAAAGUUCCCAGAAUCCUCCGAGGAAGAAAUCUUGAAAGCAGUCGGAAACUUGUUGUACUACAGAUACAUGAAUCCCGUGAUUACAGCCCCAGACUCUUUUGAAGUUAUUGAAUUAGGAGCAGGGUCCAACAUGAACAAUGUUCAAAGACGGAAUCUUGGCUCUAUCGCUAAGAUAUUACAACACGCAGCCAGUUUUAAGAUAUUCGACAGCGAUGCCAGAUACCUGGCUUCCCUGAACUCCUUCAUCAAAACAGCCUACAUUAAAUUCAUGGAGUUCUUCGACGCAGCAAGCACGAUAUCUGAUAUCGACGAGCACUUCAACAUGGAUGAAUUCAGUGAUGUGACGAUGUUGAACAAGCCUAUGAUAUUCAUUUCUCCGAGUGAGAUAAACAGCACCCACCAGCUGUUGCUGGACCAUCAGAAACAGGUGACUGAAGCAGACGAUGAUCCUAUGAACGAAGUGCUAGCCUCGCUCGGUCCUAUUCCAGAGGACGAGGCCAUGCUGGGAGACAAGAGCACAGAGUUUGGACUGGUUCUCACCAACAAGUGGGAACUCAACAUGAGCGAUGAAAGCAAUAUUCAGGCCCUGUUCAGCAAAACCAAGUACCUGAUAGUUGACCUGUUGAAGAUACAACGAGGAGAGACUUUCACCGCAAUCCUUCAUACAGAUGCCAACAAGCAGCAACAGGAGUUGUACAAAGCGAUACACAGCAGACGGUUAGCUGCAGAAAAUGAGAAAACGAACGAAGAGGAAAAAAACAGUAAAAUGGCUCUAUUUGACCCCAAUGAUAAUACCAUCAAGAAACUCAAAGAGCAUAUCCUCAAGAAUUUGACAAUUUUAGAACAACACAAACUAGUAACUCCUACUGAAGAUUACCAAGAAAUACUGACGUCCAUCGCAAAGGACAUCUGCAACCAGCGGAAAUACAGACAACGAAGAAAACAAGAUUUGAAAAAGAUUGGAGAAACGGUGGAACGUAUGAGCAAAAAGAAAAAAUACUACGGUGAAGCCGUUACCUACUAUCAAGAAUAUGUGAAAGCGUGUGUGAACAACCUGUCGAAGGGUGGCAAGUCCAAGAAGGGAGACAGGCGGAAAACUGCACGAUACAGUGCCCACAAGCUUUACGAGAAGGGGGUCCUAGUGGAGAUCGAGAAAGUUCCAACUAGUUCCUUCAAAGCAGUUACGAUAGAGUUCUCAUCAACUGAUCAAGUGGGUGUGUUCGAGGUAUCCGGUAAACUGAGUGGUUUCAAUAUCGACAAAAUCAACGUGGUCUUCGAAAACUUGCUACAGCUUCAAUACGAAGGAGUGUCCACGUUAAAGUUCGAGGACUCCGGGGUGGUAAUCAACGUGAACCUUCUCAUAUUCCUUCUCAACAAGAAGUUCUACGGAGUGGAGUAACCCGCUACACGAGCAGACGCGAGUCUCUCAAAUCUACUUGAUUUUUAGUCUAACACAAACUUUAACUCGGUUUUAACAUCAUGAGAGGCAUCAAUAGUAUGACCCGAUCCGAGUUGAGUUUUGAUAUGUUGAGCUGCAUGCAAGAGACGUCGGCUAUCAGUCAUGGUGCAUAGAGUUUGUUGACAAACGUGCGAUAAUGUGCGAGUUUCAUAGCGUCACAGAUUAAUCAAUUUUAUUUCUCAUUUAACAUUCAACGUCUGAACAUUUUGAUCGACAAUGCGGUCACGGAACAACAACUGGUGUUAGAAUGAAUGAUGUUAGUUUCCUUUGAUUUAGAUCUUAAUAAUAAUUUUGUUAUCAGCGAAUGGUUGAACGUAAAACUGUAAUAGCAAUAGUUUAAUAGUAAUUUAAUAAAACUUUCGAUGAGAUUGAAUUACCAAUCUGUGAAGGUGAUGUUUCUAUUUUGUGACAUGUUUUGUUUUUUUACUCAGUUAAUAAGGGCGAAAAGCCGUACUUUCCUAGCAAUUGGUAUAAAUGUGAUUCUGGAGAAUGGAAUUCUAACUUUCUACCAUGAAA